CAACUAUUGGUAAUGAUUAGUACGACAGCAGAUUUUUCUGAUGAAAGCUAAGGAAGCAUACACAUUCAAAGCCAAUAUGAUCGUCAUUAGUAUAGAAAUGGCGUCUAAAAUAUUUUACAGAAAAAUACUUUGAAAAUAUUCUCGGUAAGUUAAAUCGAGACAUGCUGCAGAAUGGAAGCGAUAGAAACUGCAUCAAUAAUAAUUUGCUUCCAAGCAAUUCUACCAGCAGUAGAAAUGAUACCAAAGAACGAAAUAAUAGUCGCCCUAAUAUCCUUAUCCAAAACGGCUGUGAUUUUAACAGAAAUUACGAGACCAAUGACGAAAACGGUGGAGCUAAACGAGAGGAGUUUAGGAAUAAGGAUAAAAUAAAAUGCGACACCGAUUUUCAAAAAAGACUGACGAGAGACAAACAAAGUGGUAUUAAACUUACCACGAAAAAUGUAAAUGGAGCCAAAGAUGACAAAAUUUAUCUUACAAAGGAACGACGAAAUGAGUCAAGCCUGGUUAAUAGCAUGGUGGUACCAUCAAAGAAGGGCCGGAACUCGUUUCAUCAGGACGUGGACGAAGCACUUAACUCGCUCCUGUGGCAACCGUACGAGUACCAGGCGAAACAAAUAAACGCCGGGGACAACAUUAGUCCAUCGUCAUCCCUUAGCAGUUCUUUCUGCUCGUGUUGCAGCCUCUCGUCCGUCGACCUUGACGGCAAUACCGACCUAAACAAUAGAGCAUCGUUGCAAGUAGUACAACAGUACCAUCAUCAUCGGCAACAGCGCAACAGCAACAACAACAUCGCGGACCUACAUCUUGGCGCUGCCGCAGAGAUGGUUAAUAACCUGGCAUCGUGCAGAAACCGGCUUAACCAAUGGCAGGAACCGAACGUCGGGUCACGUGACGGACUACAACCGACCGUAGUCGCGGCAAGUAGGUUGUCUUCGGCCGCCACUGUCAGUUGUACGAGUGCGUUUUGUCCGCGUGGAUUUGUAGCCGGUGCGUGCGGUACAGCGAGCAUACCGUCGUCGGUCGCCUCGCGUUGUUAUUGUGAUGCACGUGUACUUCCCGUCGUCGUUAUCGGUGAUAUGCGCGUCGAAGUGCCCCUUGACUCGUCGUCGCGCUCUCCAGACGUAUCCGGCGUGGUCCAGGCCACCACCGCCGCUGCCGCGCCAGCUAUCGUUGCUAACGGCAAUAAUGUGCCACCGGCAUCGUCGUCGGUCGCCAGACCAUCAACGUACCAAAAUAAUAGCAGCGGUAAGAAUGCCAGUAAUGGACAGACGGUAAUCGAUAAUAUGGUGUCCGCGAACGUGGUCGGAUUACCAUCGAACCAUCAUCCGCGUCAAUCGUCCGUUCCCAACAAUCAUCAUCGGAACGGUGCGUUCCCGUUCGCCCAUCCCAGGAAUCUAUCCGAACCGAGUGUUGCAAUCACUCAUACACGUCAAUCGUCUAAUCCAUCUUCCUCUUCUUCCAUAAUAUCGCACCAAAGGAAUCGUUCGACUCCUUCGAUGGUCGCGACAGUAGAAGGUUCUAUGUUCACAACGAAUUAUGGAUCCAAUGGUCCCUUUGUUGCCCAUGCCAGCACUCCAAGCGCUGCUUUGCCAUCCCAUGGAAGACCCGUUUCCGGACACAUUACCAACAACAUGUCAAUGCUGAACAGUUAUGGGUCUCGAUCAGUACCAAAUAGUACUUCCUCGUUCGUUAAUUGCGUAAAUUCCAUGACACCUCAAGAGAGGAACGCAAAUAUUGUCUCAAUUCUCAACCAUCAGCGUCACAGUUCGUUUACUGGGCUCGCAGGAACGGACAACGGUGGUAGUAGUAACACCAACGCCAACAGUAAUGGUAGCGAUCUGAUGUCUAGCAGAAGCGCUUCCGUUCCUAAAACUCUUGUUGUCCAGAAACCAGGAGAAAGUAGCAUCACCACCCUAAACGUCGGCGUCGGUCCCAACAAUCAUUCUACUCAUGUUCCAUCAUCAUCGUCAUCCUCCACAAACAUCAGUAACGUGGAUGUCAACUUCUACAGGGCGGUACCAUGUAACGUCGUGUCGAACCUUCCAACGAUCCAUUGCAUCAAUAGCAGUAGCAUUUCCGAUAGUGGAAACAAUGUAUCCAACGUCAAUAUUGUUCAAGCAAUGCCUCAGAGCGUACACCAGACUGCCGCCUCGUCCUCGACAAGUGGUUCGACUUUCUUAAGCGCCAACUCGCCGAAGCACAUCACCACGGUAGCGCAAAUAAACGGAAACACUUCCGUAAAUCGUACCUUUGGUUCUACUGUAACCACCCAGGUGACAGUGCACAACGAGUCCAUUUCGACACAGAAUUUACUCUCGCUGACGCCAACAACUUCUGGCCAAAACGCUUUAGACUCCCAAAGGGUACCUGCGAUGGCUCAACAAGAGGCACAAAGAGUCCAGGUCGAGCCCAGGACUAUAACAAGAACGUUUACUUCUACCGAAGCCCAAACUGACGAUAUAUCUGUCGGAACGGCCCUGGUACCCGCCAGAGAUAGGGCUGCCAGCCGGGAACAGAGGAGACGUGAAAGACGAGAACGAAGACAUCACCGACGACUCAACAGUCACCAUCAACACAACAAUGAAAAUAAUCAACAAAAUGUGAUCAGUAAUAAUAACAAUAAUGGUAACGGUAAUAACCAUUACGUUUCGAUGCAGACCAACGACCGUCUUCCGGACAUUUUGAACAGUCACAUGCCGCCACCAUACUCUCCCGUUUUGACCAAUUUGCCUACGACCCCCGUGGUACCAACAAUUGUGCCCCCCAACGUGUUGACCAACAAUGUAGUGCCUGUGCCUAGUGUAGUGGGUAAUCAUGCAGUGCCGUUUCCACCCCCCGUGGUCCCGGGACAAGUGCCCUUGGUUCAAGGAACCGGACCUGUUCCCGUUGCUGUGCCAGCGCCUUCUGGAUUUCGAUUCCCCUUCCCCACAACAGGAUUUAGAAGAUCGAGGUUUUCGGAAGAAUCCCCAAAAGGCUGUUGCAGUUUCCUCACGUGGAGGCCGGGUUCGUUGAGAUGGUUUAUAGCAUUGAUAGCCUUGGUCGCAGUGUGUUGUGUUCUGGUUGGUACGGCGCUGGGCGCAAUGAGACCUGCGGGAAGGGAUCAUCUCACCGUCUCGUUACUCAUGAUCGGUGUUGGUAUAGUGCUGGUUACAGUCAGUGGCGUAGCAUGGCGGCUUACAUCCCACGACUCGUCGACGUGCCGUGCUAUGUUGGGUAUGGGAUCGACGGAAUCGGUUGAUACAUGCCCGAGACGGUUUGUACCACGAUUACCACCCUCGUAUGGGCGUCCACAUCAUCCCUACGCGGCAAUGAUGUAUCCCGAAUUCCAAUACCGACCCCCACCCCCUUCAUACCAAGCGUCUAUGCAAGAGUACCGUUUAAGGUUGUUGCUUUUAGACAGGGGAAAUGCGGCGCCUGCUGGUGCACAAAAUGGUGCAUCACCACCCCCAACGUACCGAAGUCACGCAGGUAGUUUGCUAAGAGCCCCCUUAUCGAACAGAAGAGACUUGGGCCAAUCAGAGUACAGUUUUCCACCUUCCUACAGGUCGCAAACCAGCUCUUCCCGACCAGCCACCAUAGAUCAACUCAAUAAUGCUUUGCACAGUAGAGAGCAAUCGCUUACCUUAUCGGAUUCCAACCACGGCGGUUCGGUGGUAAAUAAUGUCAACAUUUUAGCCAACACGGAAGAAGACAUCGCACUCGACAACAUAACGAUAGAUUCCCUGAAGAUGGCGCCCGAAGGUGAGAUAAAUCCGGUGAAGAUGCUACUCAAAGGCGGCUCCUCGGAUCUGGACAAUGGAAAAGAUGGAAACCUGGUAACCAUAGUGCAAACGGGCGACCAAAACCCUGUGAUAGUGACCGUCAGUGGUUGUUCUCAAUCAGAAAACAACACGAGUAACGUGCAAAUAACGGAAAUACCGUCGGAAAUGGAAAUUUUAGCGCACUUAUAGUCUUUAACUCUUAAACUAUUAAAAGCCAAUGUUUAUUACUAUAAAUACAUACAUAUACACAGUUUAAGAGUUGAUAAUGUAAUUGGAAAUUAUUUAUUAUCAUGCAACUUUAACUGAAUUAACGACUAAUUAAUUUUAUUAUUGCACCUCGUCAGCGGCAAUUUUUUUGUAAUGAAAACGACAAAAAAAUACAGUAUAUAUAUAUAUAUAUGUUUGUUCACAAAUGAAACUAAUUAAGUAUUAAAUUUGUAAUGCAAUCAAUUUACUAGAAUUGUUAAAAACUGUCUGUCAUCAUAUGUGAGCAUGUUGCUUAUUUAAUUUAUUUUUUGCGUUGAUUACUUAUCAAGUUACCAUAAUAAUGUCAUCGCGUUUUGCACUGAAAAUGCUGCAACAUUAAAACUACGAGUUUUUGUUCCGAAAUCCACUUGUAAAUGAAGAUAUUAUGUGCCUAUAUUGUAGAUAAUAGUGUUAUAAUGUAUUAUAUAUAAAUAUUUUAAAUGAACAAAUAAACUUUCUAAACAA